AUGGCUGCCAGCCCAGAUAUUGUAUAUUCCACUCCCAAGAUGGCCACUGCCCCCUCCAAUAUGGUUGCUACCAGACUUAAAACAGCGAUUUACAAUCCCAAUAUGCCACCUCAAUUGGCAGAAGACCUGCCACCGUCAGCUGGCAUGAUAAUUCAACUUAUUAAAGAUUUGAGAGUUGAUUUGAAAAACGACUUUAAAAAAGACUUUGACGCAUUAUAUGGAGCCAUGGAGGGCAUUAAUCAGCGAACGGAAAUAAUAGAGAAUAGAUUGCAUUCUCAAGAGCAAUCUCACCUGGAUCUGGUUGAAACUGUAAAAGAGCUCCAGAAGCAAGUGCACCAACAAGCGGAAAAGUUAGCGGACGCUGAGGAUAGAAGUAGGCGUAAUAACCUAAGGAUCAGGGGGAUCCCUUAUAAUAUCAAUUCUCUGGAAUUACCAAGUUAUUUCCAGACAAUGGUGAAGUCAGCUCUACCAACUGCUAAUAAUACGGAUUUACUACUGGACCGCAUCCAUAGAUUUCCCAAACCCGGCAAUGCACCUGCGGCUGCACCCAAAGAUGUGAUACACUACUACCACAUUAAAGAGGAAUUUAUAGGUGCAGUACGCACGUCAGUCCUCACGGGGGAUUACAGCAGCAUGAAGGUCUUCCAAGACUUCUCUCCUCAAACAAUGAGGCGGCGAAUUUCAACUUUUCACUACAGAGCUAAGACGAAGAGGGAUAAGAUAUAG